AUGUCCGCUAUCAAAAAUGUCUUCGCGCCGGCGCCAGAGCCCAAAACCGAGCUCGGUCGGUACCGCGUCCUUUCUACUACCGCCGGUGUCAGGGUCUCCCCGCUCUGCCUGGGCGCUAUGUCGAUUGGCUCGGCAUGGUCGUCAUUCUUGGGCUCAAUGGAAAAAGACCAAUCUUACAAGCUUCUCGACGCCUUCGUCGAGGCGGGUGGCAACUUCAUCGACACCGCCAACAACUACCAGAAUGAAGAAUCCGAGCAGAUUCUAGGCGAAUGGAUGGCCGCCAGAAGAAACCGCGACAUCAUGUUUGUUGCGACCAAGUUCACCACACAGUACCGCAAGCACGAGCUCGGGCCCGGCAAAUGCAUCAACUACUCGGGCAAUCACAAGAAGUCACUGCACCUCUCGGUCCGGGAUUCUCUCAGGAAGCUGCAGACAGAUUACAUUGACCUGCUGUACGUGCACUGGUGGGACUGGACUACCUCCAUCGAGGAGUUGAUGGAUUCUCUCCACAUCCUUGUUGAGCAGGGUAAGGUCCUGUACCUGGGGGUUUCUGAUACCCCCGCUUGGAUCGUGUCUGCUGCGAACACAUAUGCCAAGGCGCAGGGGAAGACCCCCUUCUCCGUCUACCAGGGUCGCUGGAACGUCUUGAUCCGCGAUGUCGAGCGUGACAUCAUUCCCAUGGCCCGACACUUCGGCAUGGCCUUGUGUCCAUGGGAUGUCCUUGGAGGCGGCAAACUACAGUCCAUGACACAGCUCGAAGCCCGUCAAAAGGCUGGCGAAGGCUUGCGAUGCACGUUUGGCCCGAACCAGUCCGACGAAGAGCGCAAGGCCAGCGAAGUUCUGGAGCAAAUUGCCAAGGAACACGGAACCGAGAGUAUUCAGCAGAUUGCCCUGGCUUAUGUGAUGCAAAAGGCUCGCUACGUAUUUCCCGUCGUCGGAGGCCGCAAGGUAGAAAACUUAGAGGACAAUAUCAAGGCAUUGAGCAUAUGCCUCACGGAGGAACAGAUCCAAACGAUUGAAAGCAUCAAGAAGUUCCACAUUGGCUUCCCGAUGGACUUCAUUCUAGAUGAUCCAAGGGAGGGUGGCCCAACGGCUCCUCUAGUGGCUGCUUCCGCCCCGAUGGAUUGGCAACUCCAAGGCAAGCCCAUUGGCCAGGAGUAG